AUGGAACCAGUGGCCAAGAUUGCGCCCGUCCUCCAUGCCGCGGCGCACCAGCCGUUGCCAAAGGCCAAGCCUGCCCCCAAGCAGAAGGUUCGGCUGGUGGCCACUCCCGUGAAGGCCUCGGAGCUCAUUGCGGAAGCCACCCAGGUGCUCAGCGGCCAAUGCUCCGCGCCCACGCCGCGGCCGGCCAGGGGCGACACCCCAGGCAGCGCAUCCUCAAGGUCGAGGUCGGAGACGUGUGCGAGAUCUGGAGCCAGGCCAUCCCCUGCGCUCGCGCGAAUUGAUGGCGUGGUGAACCAAAUGCAACAGGAGCUCGAUGAGGUGAGGGCGUUCUCUGACCAUUGCUGGGAAGCUGAGCAGAAGCCUGAAGCAGAACCCUGCGUCCAGUUCCAAGAACCGGAGGCGACUCUCAGACACCCGGCCCAUCUGAACCCAACCUUCGUGUACACCACCGUCCGGCACCAGCCCUUGAUUGCUCCGAACUGGCACUGGGAGCUGCAGAACCGGAAGAGCAGGGCCAACGCGGAGCAUAUCGUGAAGAUCGAGUCUGAGUGGGCGCAGCGAGUGAAGGAGGCUGAGGAAGCCGCUGGCCGGUCUGACGAGCGAGCGCGUUUAGCCGAGGAGCGCCCAUGGGCGCUUGCUCCAAGCGAAGGCAGACUUGGCAGACGCCGCCAAGACUCGUGA